AUGGAUGAUGAAACCAGAAAACCCAUUUGCCUUAUAAUUUUAGGUAUGGCAGGUGCAGGAAAAACAUCGUUCACACGGCGUUUGGCUGGAAAAGUUGUAGAUGGUACACGGCCUUACCUAAUCAAUUUAGAUCCGGCCUGUAGAGAAGUACCAUAUCCGGCUAAUAUAGAUAUAAGAGAUACAGUGGACUACAAGGAGGUAAUGAAACAAUAUGGUCUGGGGCCUAAUGGGGGCAUUGUAACUGCUCUUAACUUAUUUUCAACUAAGUUUGGUCAAGUUGUGGAUCUAAUAGAGAAGGCUGGGCAAAAGCAUAAAUAUUGUGUAAUUGAUACUCCAGGACAAAUAGAAGUGUUCACAUGGUCAGCAUCUGGUACUAUUGUGACCGAAUCACUAGCCUCAUCAUGUCCCACUGUGGUGGUGUAUGUAAUGGAUACAGUUAGAAGUGUGUCACCUGUCACCUUCAUGUCAAACAUGUUGUAUGCAUGUUCCAUAUUAUAUAAGACACGGCUACCAUUUAUUGUUGUUAUGAAUAAGACCGAUGUAGUGGACAGUGCCUAUGCAGUAGAAUGGAUGCGAGACUUUGAAUCAUUCCAAGAUGCCUUAGAUGCUGGAGUUGAUGGUGAAGGUGGUUCAUAUGCUGGGAAUCUCACCCGCUCAAUGGCUCUCGCGCUUGAUAACUUCUAUACAGACCUAAAGUGCUGUGGUGUUAGUGCUCAUACUGGAGAGGGUCUAGACGAUUUUUUCAAGCUAGUGGAUGAAGCAGCAGAAGAGUAUGAAAAAGAAUAUAAAGUCGAUUGGCUUAAGAUGAGGGCAGAGAAGUUAGAAAAGCAAAAACGCAAAGAAGAAGAGUUAAAACAAGGAGGAGACACUUCAGAUACAGUCAUAGACAAAAAGAAGUUAAUAGAGGAGGUCGUAGCUGGGAGGGAGAUAAGCGACGUGUACCUGAAGCAUCCGGCGAACGAGAGCUCGAGUGAUGAUGAGGGCACCGAGGCAGAUGUACCUGAACAUGAUGAUAAACCUGAAGAUGUUGCCAUGUUCCAAGAGUUUAUUAAAAAACAUGUCAAACCUAAUGACACUGGAAGUAAUACCUAA